CUCGCAGUUCCCUCCCACUCUGUCCACCCAAGGUUUCUCAAACUCACCUCACCUCACUUUUUAACAACACUGUACACUGGAUUGUCACCCUGGAUUAUAUAAUAAUCUCAUCCUGAUUUCUGGCACCUGCAGGGGAGAUAUUUUGGAUUAUUAUCACCUGAUAAUGAUGCUGCCCCUGUGCUGAUUCAGGGUGUGAUUGCUGGAGGCAGAGAGAGAGACACCUCAGAGUGACAGGCCAGACAUCUACGUUGCAGUCCCAGGUCUACCAUUGAGAGAGGAAGUGGAAACAGGCCUGAUGAUACAGACCCACAGUUUGCUGGACAGCUUGAUGGUGGUAAUAAGCUAAACAAAACAAACCCAAACCAAGGCCGAGAUGGAAUUACGACUGGGAUUUAGGAUCACCCUGGUCUUGGUCAUUCUGGCCUUGACUCUUUCCGGAGAGAGAGUGGAAGCACAGAGGGCAGGAUGUAAAAAUGUCCACUAUGACUUGGCGUUUAUCCUGGACACCUCAUCCAGUGUCGGAAAAGAGAAUUUUGAGAAGAUCAGGCAAUGGGUGGCCAACCUUGUGGAGUCUUUCGACGUGGCACCCGACAAGACAAGAGUCGCCGUGGUACGCUACAGUGACAGACCCACCACCGAGUUCACCCUGGGCAGACACAGGACCCUGGAGGAUGUGAAGCGAGCUGCCCGUAACAUACGCUACCUGGGGGGGAAUACAAUGACUGGGGAUGCGAUCAGCUACACCACCACCAACAUCUUCACGGAGCGGAAUGGAGCGAGGCCCAUCGCCAGAGGCAUUCAGAAGGUGGCCAUCCUUCUCACAGAUGGACGAAGCCAGGAUUAUGUUCUGGAGCCCUCUAAGGCAGCUGCCAAAGCUGGCAUCAGGAUGUUUGCCGUGGGCAUCGGGGAGGCGCUGAAGGUGGAGCUGGAGGAGAUUGGGGCCGAGCCAAAGAAUGCCCACGUCUUCCACGUGACGGACUUUAAUGCCAUUGACAAGAUCAGGGGCAGGCUGAGGAGGAGGCUGUGUGAGAAUGUCCUGUGUCCAAAGAUGAAGGUUCAACCUGAUCGGUUUAAGCCCAACAGCACCAGUUAUGGUCUUGAAGAGGUUCCAGGGUUCGACCUAAUGGAGUACUUCAGUGUGAGAGAUAUUCUGGGAACCAGAGAUGAUGAUGGCCAAAGUUCUUAUGUCCGCCUUGGCACCAUGCCCAUUGUACAGCAAACAGAAGACGUGUUUUCUCAAGGGUUGCCAGAUGAAUAUGCCUUUGUGACGACAUUCAAAUUCAGGAAAACCUCAAGGCGUGAAGAUUGGUACCUCUGGCAGGUUUUUGACAAAUAUGGAAUCCCACAGGUGUCCAUCCGCCUGGACGGUGAGAACAAGGCGGUGGAGUACAACGCUGUCGGGCUGACAAAGGAUGCUGUCAGAGCUGUGUUCAAGAACCCAGAAGUGGACAACCUGUUUGACCGCAACUGGCACAAGAUUGGCCUCAGUGUCGAAGCCAAGUCUGUGUCUCUGUACCUGGACUGCAAACUCAUCCAAACUCUGCCUAUUGAGGACAGAGAGGACAUUGAUAUUCAGGGGAAGACAGUGAUUGGGAAGAGGCUGUAUGACAGCGUGCCAAUCGAUUUUGACCUCCAGAGGAUGAUGAUUUACUGUGACUCCAAGCAUGCAGAGCUGGAAACCUGCUGUGAUCUACCCAAUGGACCCUGCCCUAGGAAAGUUGUUACAGAGGCCCCCCCAGUGGAGAUCCUCACUCCAACACCUACUGUUGUGGAGCAACAAAGAGGACCUCAAGUGAACUGCUCCUGCACCGCAGGACAGAAGGGAGAGAUUGGCGCUCCUGGUGUUGCAGGACCUAUGGGUGAAAAGGGUGACACUGGCCCUAAGGGCGCCAUCGGACCGCCUGGAAUCAGAGGAGAAAAAGGAGAAACUGGCAAAGUAAUCUCUGUCAAAGGUGACAGAGGUGAGAAGGGUGAUACAGGCAGGAUAGGGUUGACAGGUGCUCCUGGACAAAAAGGAGAGAAGGGACUUGGUGGUGUGCCAGGUAUUGAUGGCUUAUCUGGAGACAAGGGAGACAAAGGUGCGGCAGGAGUGUCUGGUGAUCCUGGGCUGCCAGGACCAGCUGGACUAAAGGGAAUUCAAGGGGAUGCAGGAAUUCCUGGCGCACUGGGACCACAAGGUGUCGCUGGUGAAUCCGGAAUAAAAGGUGAAAAAGGAACUGCAGGAGUCAAGGGCGAGGCAGGUUUGGAUGGAUUACCUGGCAAAUCUGGUGUUUCUGGGAAAGAUGGUUUGAGAGGACUGGCUGGCACACCCGGACCCAGUGGAGUUAAAGGCACCAAGGGGGAGAGAGGCCUUCCCGGAUUACCUGGAGAUGUGUUUCAAAAAGAAGGUUUACGAGGUGAAAAGGGAGAACCUGGACCUGCUGGGCCUCCUGGGGCCCAGGGCCAUCCAGGGCCUCCUGGUCCUCCGGGUCUACAGGGUCUACCUGGGGAACCUGGAGAGUUCGGCCUGAGGGGAAAGAAGGGUGAGAGUGGACUUCCUGGAGUGGAUGGCCUUCCUGGACCGCCUGGUCCUCAGGGUCCAGCUGGGCCACCAGGAAACCAAGGACACACUGGACCUCCUGGUCUACCUGGUGAACUUGGAUUUUCAGGCAAACCUGGAGAGCCUGGAAAGCCUGGUCUUCCUGGUAAAGAUGGUCUGGAUGGUCUUCCUGGAAAUGACGGUGCCAUGGGGCCCAGGGGAGAGCGCGGAGCAGAUGGUUUUCCUGGCAAGUCUGGACCUAAGGGUGACGACGGGCCUCCCGGACCAAGAGGACCCCCAGGGGAGAGAGGAGAACCUGGUUCCCCUGGACAACCAGGUGCUGAUGGAACAAGAGGGGAUAGGGGUGUUCCGGGAGAACGAGGACAGGACGGACCAUUUGGGCCAAAAGGUGAUAAGGGUGACAAGGGUGAAGUGGGAGCUAGGGGACUGCCUGGCACUCCAGGAAAUGUGGCAAAUGUCAUCCCUGAGCCUGGUGAACCUGGGAAACCUGGAGAGAAGGGAGAGAAGGGGGAUCAAGGGAAACCAGGAGAGAUUGGUCAAAGAGGGUUGCCAGGUGAACAAGGCUUUAAGGGACCGCCUGGACCAGCGGGUCCUAAAGGUGACACGGGACUUACAGGAGAGACGGGGCGUGUUGGAGACCCUGGUCCACCUGGCCUAGCUGGUCCUCAAGGUUCUCGUGGAUUACCGGGGAAUGUGGGCAUACCAGGGAUCAUUGGGCCUCCCGGUCCAGCUGGACAGAGAGGAGACAAGGGUGAUCCAGGUAAACCAGGACAACAAGGUCCCGCAGGCCCACCUGGAGAGCCCGGUUUGAUUGGACCCCCUGGACCACCAGGGAAAGGGAAAGACGGGCAACGUGGAGAUCCAGGACCACAGGGAAUUCAAGGACCCCCAGGGCUAAAGGGUCAACCAGGGUCACGAGGAGAACCAGGGUUACCAGGGGACAGGGGUGCUGCAGGAGAAGGCAAAAUGGGACUACCGGGGCCUCCAGGAAAUAAUGGGGAACCUGGACCUGCGGGCUUGAGGGGUCCAUCUGGAGUCGCCGGUCCUCAGGGCCCAGCAGGACAUAAUGGUUUACCAGGAAGACCGGGAGAGAAGGGAUCUCCAGGAGAGCCUGGAAAGGCGGCAGACCUCUCUGACCUAAACCUGAAGGACGUAUGCUCAGACUGCCCUGCAGGUCCACCUGGAGCACCCGGUCUCCCAGGGGUCCCAGGGGACAAAGGACACCAGGGAUCUCCAGGGAAAGACGGUCAAGAUGGUUACCAAGGCCCGUCGGGACCAGCCGGACCUCAAGGGCCUCCUGGAGCUGACGGUGGAAAGGGUAUUAAAGGUGAUCGAGGACCUCCUGGUGGCCCUGGAGAAAAAGGAGACAAGGGUCACCCAGGACCCCCUGGCCAUCCCGGUUCUGCUGGCUUGAUGGGUACACCUGGUAACGAUGGACAGCCCGGACCCAUCGGCCCCCCGGGGCCCCUUGGAGAAAAGGGCAAAGAGGGUCUCAAAGGAAUCCAGGGACCACCGGGUCUUCCUGGCUUGAUUGGUCAGCCUGGAAAAAUGGGAAAAGAUGGCAGACCAGGUGAAACAGGAGAGCCUGGCAAACAAGGUGAACCUGGACCACCAGGAAACCCUGGGCUCAGGGGACUCCCAGGCUUUAAGGGCCACAGAGGAGAACCUGGACCACCAGGACCUAAGGGAGAAGAUGGAAAGUCUGGGUCACCUGGGCGGGAUGGCAAACCAGGGAAGGAGGGCUCUAUGGGACCUCCAGGCCGAGAAGGACUUAGUGGACCAAGAGGAGAGUCGGGCAAGCCAGGUGAACCGGGGCCGGCAGGAAAAGCGGGCCUCCCUGGAACUCCAGGUCUUAGAGGGGACAAGGGAGAGCCUGGAAACCCAGGAUUACCAGGCUUUAGUGGACCUAAAGGCCCUGCGGGUCCACCAGGUCCAAUUGGCCCAGAGGGAAAACAGGGGAUGCCAGGCAGAGUUGGUGAUCGUGGCCACAAAGGAGAUAAGGGAGAUCCAGGUAUGAAGGGAGAUAAAGGACAUUCAGGAGAUCCAGGCAUGCCAGGAAACCCAGGACCCCCAGGCAGAAAGGGCCACACAGGGAUGAUGGGUAUGUCAGGACCACCAGGAGAAUUAGGAGCUCCUGGGCCACAAGGACCUUCAGGAAACCCCGGUGUCCCAGGCCAAAGAGGAGAGUCAGUAUCACUGGAGCAGAUGAGACGGCUCAUCCAGGAGGAGCUGGCAAAACAAUUAGAUGCCAAAAUGGCUUACCUCAUGGCUCAGAUCCAGCCAGCCCAUGUGAAGAGUACAGCGGGCCGUCCAGGACCUCCAGGCCCUCCGGGUAAGGACGGCGGCAGUGGACGACCUGGCCCCCCUGGAGAGCCUGGUAUGCCUGGACAGAAUGGAGGAGAAGGACCCAGGGGACCCAUGGGCCCUAAAGGUGAGAAAGGAACAAAGGGAGAAAAGGGAGAAUCUGGUAUCGGUGAACGAGGAGAGCAAGGACCCUCUGGCCCCAUAGGACCUGCCGGUAUGCCUGGUUAUGGCAAAGACGGAAGCCCAGGACAAGCCGGAGCCCAGGGAGAGCCAGGAAACCCCGGCCCCCACGGUCAACCUGGACCUCCAGGUCCUCCUGGUCAAUGUGACCCCAGCCAGUGUGCCUACUAUGCCAGCCUGGCACACAGACCCCACACCAAAAACGUCAAGGGGACUUAAGAAAGAGGAAACACAAAGAGCUUGAAGUCCAGCUGUAUUUAUGAACUUGGUCGUGUCAGUCUGAAUCAAGAACUUUUCUUUUCCAAGAUAACCUCAGUUUGGAGAGCUGAAGCAACUUGUGCUGCCGGUCAGAUUCUUUGUUUUGUUUUUGGUAUGAAGCGUGGGAUGGAUGGGGAUUAAGCAUCAAAGGUAUUUUUCAGAUUUAAUAUGGGGUAAAGAGGGCAGCUACACAGUUUUUUCCUCACUUGCAUGCUCUCUGUAAAAUAUAUAGGGAGAUAACGAGGAUGAUACAAUUCCCUCCUCUUAAACCCCCUCCCCCCAUCGGGAGUUAAGAUUUGGGAGUCUGAUAUUGUAUCGUUUCAUCAGUAAUUACCAAAAAACUUCAGUUAGGCAAUGUCUUGCAGGAAUAUGUCUACAGCACAGUCUUUUCUUUUUCCUGCCUCACACCAUUUUGCAUCAAUUGCCAUUCGCAGCCCACGCUGUCCUACAUCGAGCAAUAGAUGUCAGUCACUGCUCACUAAAUUGUUUUCACGCUAGAGAUCUUCUACCAGUCUACUGGUAAUUACUCAGUCAAGGGAAUUAUCUGUUUUAUUGUCAUUGAUGGGAAGGGGGAGGGGGGACAGACUGUGAGGCACGAUCUCAAACACCAAUAGUGAUCUUGUGUAGGAGGAGUGUUAAUGAGUUAGUGUGGAGAGUGAUGAAUGACCACAUUUGUGCAAUUCUUGCCUCCAGGCUGGUAGCAUUGUUCUUAUGUAGUGUUUGGAAAGUAUUGGCACCCAAUAACAAAAACUGUUAGAAAAUCCCCCAUUAAACAAAGUGAACAUGUCUGAUUUAUUUAGACUGAAAUAAAGCAACAUUUUACUCUGGAAAUAAACUGGAGGCAACAGACAUGACUCUUGCCUUGGGAGAGAUUUGAAGGAUUUCAUUCCAAAAUUCUGUUUAUUUGCCUAAAAAAUGCAACACAGUGCUCACACUAGCAAUCAAAUGGUAUGAAUUUGUAUAAUUUAAAGUUGGAUAUCAUUUUGAAAUGAAAGUCAUUUAGAUUAGCUUGAAAAUCUGUACAAAACAGUAAUAACAUGACACGUGUGCAUAAUUCAUACGUGUCAUGUAAUGAUUUGUUCCAAGCUCACCCAUAGGAUAGCUAUUAAACCUGAGUCUAAAAACAGAGAUGUCGAGACAGGACGAAAUGUCACUGUUAGAUUUGUACUUUUAUGUUUAAUGAAGUGGCUCUGGUCAUUCUUGCUUUGAGGUAUGCAUAGACCCGAGCAGUAAACAGCUUUGAGGAGGUGGUAUAAUUGCAGCCUUUGUUCACCUUUCUUGAAAAGCUGCUUGUUUCACACUGCUUUCUUUAAAUGUGUCACUUCCUUUCUGUUCAGUGGGGCUUAAUAAGUGCCUACGCUGUGGCAGUGCCUGGCAGCUCAGACCCGCUCUGAAAAGACUCUGCUUUUCUUAUUUGUCCCCUGAAACCUUAAAUUGGAGCGUUGCUUCCAUGCAUCCUGAUGACCAGAGCAGUUGUGGUAACCAUUAAGAAGAUUCUUUGUCUUACGUCCCUUAUGGACCAAUUACACCUCUCCCUAACCUCAGAUGUGCUGGUCAUCUAAAAUCUAUUAAAUAGUCUCCACAAAAGGUAUCACAUUUGUCUUCCUUUUGAAAACAUUAAGAAACACUUCAAUACAUACAAGAGCAAAAAAGGAAGUGCGGGAGCAAUUUUCAAGAAGAGGAUACAGAAAUGUUAUGUGCCAAAACAUACGGUAUGACCUACAGGUCACAGAUUAUGACUUUAUGGGCCAUUCAUACUUAUAAUCUCUUGCUCAGGUUACCUUUUGGGAAGUCAUUCAUAAAGAAUGUAAAGCUGUGGCUCUGACACAACUUAGUUUUUGAAGAUGUUGGUAAAGCAGACUGGAGGUUUUAGUUCGACAAAUAUUUCUCGGCUGCUCUGGAGGCAGGAGUAAUUUGAUUUUUGUGUCAUUUUUGAAAGAAUUAACCGUACAUUCUUCAUCUUACAAAUGAAAAGUUGAGUUCAUGACCAAUAAAGUGCACCCUUGCUAAAUUCUGUACACUCAGGGGUUUUCCUGCUGUAGCCUCCCUAUCUUAUUGGUGGCUAAUGUUAAUGCUAAUGUUAGCAAAAGGUUGAAUUUAACAUUUACAUUGUUUUCAUGUUCCCACAUGUGGACAGUGGCCUCUCUUCAACUGAAGUUACAUAGUUACAGUUAUAGUUCAAAAUAGAAAACAUUUGAAUAAAAAGGCUUAUUUUUCAUUGCUUCAUGUCCAUAGCAUUAGGUUAGCUUGCUAGCUUGCAUUAAUACAUAAGAAUAGCUAGUUUAAUAUAGGCUGGCCAGCAAUGCUCACUAGCUGCUUUUUCAACUUUUUUAUGUACAGUAUGUUGCCAACAAAACUGUAGAUGUUACAGCACCUCUGGGAUGUAUCUUGCCUUCAGAACAGCUCUGCCUCUGAGAAAUGUUCGUAUCACUAAAACUACUGUAAAACUUCUAAUAAUAGCCCGGGUGUUUAUUUGCCUAAAUCACUGAAGUCACCCUGCCUUUAUUGGGGUCAGGCCUUUAUUCCUUUAGCACAAAACUCUUGCUCAACACAGAUGGAAAUACAAUGUAACCGUGCUGCUUCUCUUGAGUUUUGUUCAGCAAAUUUGACAACUUAAAUAGCUUAAAUUUCAGGUCGUACUUUUUUCUCUGUGCUGCCGCCAUGACACUCGAACGGGAACGUUGUUUUACGGCAGCUGGUAUUUUGUUUACCAUGCCGGUAAAUCUGAAUAAUAUUAUUUUGUGGUGCUCAUAGUUUCCUUAAAAUGAACCAAACAAUUGAAUUGUGGAGAAUCUAACUAAUCUAACAAUGUGCAGCAUGUCCAUACUGACAAAGGUUAAAACAUUUAUAUUUGUGUAGGCGAACUAAAUGGCUUAAAACUCGCUCAAGCGGGCGACCCGGUGGGCUUUAAGAGGUUUUAUACAUCCAGAUAAUUCCUAUAAAAUCCAGACCAGGCUUCUAAUUGAGACCUGCAUUUAUUUGGCAAAAUGUGUGGCCACACCAGGCUUGUAAAGGAGACCUGCUUCUAUUUGGGACCCUGCUUUUGUUAGAAGUUUUAUAGUACCUAAGGUUCAGAAUCACGGUUUGGUCCUAAAUGUGUGAUUGGAAUGAAUUACCUGCCAUGUCAUACCAUUUAAUAUAUCUUUCUAUUAGCUGCUUCUUUGUCAGUGAUUUAUUAUUGCACAAUCAAACCGCAUCAGUAUUGCCCUUUCUUGGUUUUGUAAAUGCUUGAUACAGUUACCAAUAGAUGUGUUACAGGGUGGGAUGGUAAGUAAGUUGCAGCACACAGCUUAAAGUUUUGUAGUGCAUAUUAGCCAAACAUCUUUCAUUAUUCAAAUUAGCUGUUUUUGCUAAUUGAAAGAUUUUUAAGUUAAAGUUAUCAGGCUUUGAACCAAUACAAUUGUGUUUUAAUGCAGUAAAAAUGUAUUAACCUGUUUUCCCCCUUUUUUCCUGAUGAAUUGGUGCUAAGAUAUUUUAAAUUAGUAGCAUAUUGUAAGUAUUGGAAAGACACAUGUACUGUACUGUAUAAUAAAGACUGGAACAGAUUAAUUUUAUAAAA